AUGUUAGCAUCAACUUUACCAAACUCUUUAGUUAUGAACCCAACUUCAAUGUUAGUAGAUACGUCAAAAACUAUUCCAGAUUCGUUUGAUUUCGAAACAACAAUCCAGAAGAUAAAGCAAGAACUUCUCCAAGGAGAUUUAGAUUGCACUGCAAAAGAUGAAACAAAUGAACAAUAUCUUUAUGAAAUGCAGGAUAUUAUUGACCAUCUACCUAAACUUCCUGAAAUACAACAACAAAAGCUUACUAUUCCAGAAUUUGAAGAAAUUGAAGUCAGACCAACCGACUCAGUUGAAAUUAAGAAGUUCAUACGUAAAGUUAACUAUGAGUUCCUUGGAAUUCAUUGCAACCACAAAGUCAUGGACAAAGACUGCAAUAUGGUAUAUAAGAACAUAUCUGACUUAUACAAAUCUGAAGAAUUCAAAACAUAUGACAAUUUUGUUACGUUAGUAGCUAAAUGUGUUUGGGAAAUAAGAAAUAAAGACAAAAGAAAUAAGGUAUGGAACGAACAAAUUA